ACGUUUUGUAUUUAGUUAUUGCAUAUAUGUACAUACAUACAACUUCACAGAAGAUUUAAUAACCAGCGGCACUUGGUAUCACAUGGGAUCAACUGGAAGAUGUGUUCCUGUUUACAUGUUCACCAAAGGAAAUUCAUGCUGCGGUCACAAAACGCACAAUCCUUUCGAUCGCCCCAUCACUCUUCGACCCGCUCGGAUUGCUUGCACCUCUUCUGAUCACAUCCAAAAUCAUAUUCCAAAAGCUGUGGCUUUUAAAGCUCGAUUGAGACGAGUCCGUGCCACAAAGCCUGCAACACGCUUGGAGCAAAUGAUCUCGUCUGUUGGUUCGCUAUCAACGCUCGCAGUGCCUCCUUAUUGUCAACAGCCAAACGCAUGCGAUCUCCAAAUUCACGGCUUCUGCGACGCAUCGAUUCGAGCAUAUGGUUGUUCAUUGUACUUGCGCACUGAAGGCACCGAUGGAAAUAUUGCUGUUCACUUGCUGACAUCGAAGUCAAAAAACAAUCGCUUCCGAAACUCGAGCUUUGCGGAGCGCAUCUUCUUGCACAGUUGUACAAUAAGGGCACCUCACUUCGGCGGCCUCUGGGAAGCCGCUGUAAAGAGCGCAAAGGGUCUUCUUAACCGCACACUGGCAAACACUAAACUAACAUUUGAAGAGCUGAGCACCGUCGCUGCUGAAAUAGAAGCAAUCCACUUUCCACUUUCGCCACUGUCGUCAGACCCAAAUGAUUUCGGAGCUCUGACUGCUGGACAUUUUUUGGUUGGCGAUUCACUACGAAUCCUACCUGAGCGUUCCCUGGAACAUAAAAAUAUCUCUAGUUUGGNCUCAUUGCUGUAA